UAUCGAUAAGUGGGGCUCAGCUGGCUGUAAAUUCUUGGUUUUAAAAAUUUUUAAAAAUUAAAAGUCAUCACAGUAAAUCUAGGUCGAAAACACUGUGUUGUGCGUGGGGACAGUGUGUAAUUCGAUAAAUUGAGAAAAAAGUGCCGUAUAGCAUGAGCGCCAGCCUCGUUGUCGGCCGCCGCCUGUGAAACAAAGAUGCUGCUUGCUGCUGUCAUUGCGAAAUAUUGCAGCAGCACUCGGCGAGAACAACAGAAAGACAACAAAUUCUGCAACAAAAAGUAAGGAAUAAUCAAUUAAAAACUCACUGGCACUGGCCACCGCGCAGAGGCGCCUCUAACCUGUUGGGGUAGACGAAACGAAAAUUUGCGUGAACAGCUGCAGGUCCGCUGUGUGGGACGUGCCGAGGCGCCAGCUGCGCUGCUUUUGGCAACAGAACUCGUCGAAAACACAAUGGAAAUGAGAGAGGUAUUGAGCCGCGAGGGGCGCGAGGCUAAGAAUCUGCUAGUCUACCAGUUUUGCGACGAGACAUCUACAAAUUCCCUGGCCAGCGUAGGCGGCGACACAACAAGCGGAGGCGUCAUUAUAAACGGUGACUGCUACCGUAAGCCACCGAUGGCCCCAACAAAGUCGCCCCUUGGAACCCCCAAGAGCUGCCAGUCGCCCACAUCGCCAUCGGUACGGAUGAAGACCACAGAGCACACCGUUUCGGGACCACGCGUGCGUAGCGCCUCCACUGGGCGAGACAAAAAAUCUGAGCUGCAGGCCCGCUACUGGGCAUUGCUUUUCGGCAAUCUGCAGCGGGCUGUUAACGAGAUCUACCAGACCGUCGAAUGCUACGAGAAUAUAUCCAGCUGCCAGGAGACGAUCCUGGUGCUGGAGAAUUAUGUGCGGGAUUUCAAGGCCCUCAGCGAGUGGUUCAAGGUCUCCUGGGACUACGACUCGCGUCCGCUGCAGCAGCGCCCUCAAAGUCUGGCCUGGGAGGUGCGCAAAAGCAAUCCCUUGCCGCGAGUGCGCACCAAGAGCCUAUGCAGUCCGAAUAAUUCGGGCAAAUCGAGCCCGGCUUUGUUUGGCGGCUGCCAGUCGGGCAAGACAUCGCCCUGCUACGAUGGCCAUGUGUCGCCUAAGAAACUGCUGCGCGCCUACGAUCAAAUGCCACGAGGUGCCAUGCGUCUGAAUGUCCGCGAGCUGUUUGCCAGCAACAAGCGCGCCACCCAGGGAUCGGCCCAGUCGGACCCCAUGGAGGCGCCAGCCGAAGGACCUUUGGAUUUGAGCGGCGACAAAACAUAUCUGCAGCUGAACAAUCAAUACUCACAGACGGAUCUGGAGGACCCGCAUCUCACGUUGGCCGAUGUGCGCGAAAAGAUGCGCCUGGAUGCAGAGCAGCGUGAGGCAGCGGAACGUGAAGCGGCAGCCAAAGCGGAGGCAGAAGCAGCUGAAAUCGAAGAAGCAGCCGCCGCUGAAAUCGAAGAAGCAGUCGCCGCUGAAAUCGAAGAAGCAGUUGCAGUUGAAAUCGAGGAAGCAGCCGCCAUUGAAAUCGAAGGAGCAGCCACUGAAAUCGAAGCAGCAGCCGCCAUUGAAAUCGAAGGAGCUGCCGCAAAAGAACAAGCCAUUCCAGCAGAAGCUGCCAAAACAGAACCAGAACCAGAAGAGGCUCAGUCACAAGCCCCACCAAAAGUGGUGGAACCCACAGCCCUGCAGAUGACAGUGGCCUCGCUGGAGCUUAUGGAGAAUGCACUCCUAGCCGAGCAGGCCAACAAAGAGCCCACACCGCCCAGCACAGUGGUGAAGCCAGUGGCGGAGCUGUUCAAGAAACCCCAGCUCCCGGGGCCAGCCACCGCCACGGGUGGACACACGGUCCAGAACAGUCCCCUGAAGUACUCUAGUGUGCUUAAUCGCCCGGUGAAGAAGGGGGUGAGUGCUCCGGCAGCUGGAACACUGAAUGCCAAGGCUGCUGCGGUGCCAGUGAAACCUAUAAACAGUGCCACAAAAGCAGCACCUGCUCCUGCUGCUGCUCCCGCUCCCGCUCCCGGCGUAAAUGGCCUUCGUCGGGGAGUCAAAGCAGCUCCGAUCGCAGCUAAAACUGGACGCAAUGUGGUCCAGCCACCGCCACGACCCUCUAGCAAAACCGAAUGCUAUGGUCCGCCCAACAAUGUGGCCUCCAGGCUGUCGGCCCGUUCCCGCACGAUGCUGGAUAUGAAUGGAAAGGCAAAUGGCAAUGCACAUGUGGGUGCUCCGCUCUCCAAGGCCCUGCCCAAGCGGUCGACCAUCACACUGAUCGCAAACCAGCGACGGAAUGCGGGGAGCUCGAAGGUGAGCAGCCGCGAGGACAUAGGCAGCUCCACGUCGACCCUCAAGGCCAGCAAUGAGCAGCUCAGUAGCUCGCGUAGCACUCUUAAGAUGGAGGAUAGACAUUCCGAGCCCAAGCAGCUGCAGCAGAAGGCCGAUGCCAACGAUGGGUGGCUGACGGUGAAGAAUCGCCGAAGGAGCAGCAUGCACUGGUCGAAUCGAUUCAAUCAGCCCACGGGCUAUGCGAGCCUGCCCACGCUGGCGCUUCUCAACGAGCAGCAACGCGAGAAGGAGGACAUGGAGAAGCAACAACAGCAGCAGCAGCAGCAGAAGGCAAAAGCAAAAAAACCCAUUCCGCAAACCGCAAAGACAGCAACUGCCACCACAGAGGCAUCCAAGGGCAAGGGAGCAGCAGCCAAAACGAGUAUGACUGCAGCAGGAGGCACGCGACCAGAAAUCAAGAAUGCCAAAGCGAAAGUAAACUCUUUUCCGCCUCUGAAAGCGCCCGCAAGGAAACCAGAAAAGCCGGAGAAGCACCAGGAUAAGGCCGCCUCUGCAUGUGGCGCGCGCAGCAGCCUCCCGGCAACGGCCACCGUCUAUGUGGCCGCACGCACCUCCACCAUCAAAAGACAGAAGUCGGAUCUCACGGGACUCAAGAUGACAUCGCUGCACAAGGAGUACAUGCGCAGCGAGAAGAAUGCGCUGCGGAAGCAGCAGCAAAAGGAGCAUGACCAGGACGAUGGCUCCAGCACGUCCGUGGAUACCGUUGUGGAACUCUCCAACGAUGAACACCACAAAAUCGACAUCAAGAUACAGACAAACUGCGAGUUUUCCAAGACCAUUGGGGAGCUGUACGAGAGCAUUGCCCGCUGUAAGCUGCCCAAUGGUUUCCUCAAGCCGGAGGCCAACACGCUGAGUGCCUGCGAUGAGAACGAUGAGCAGAACACGGACGACAACGAAGAGGAGCGCGACGAGCGCAUCCUGGUGGAAGAGCAGGAGUCUCUAGAGCGGCAGAUACGGGAACUGGAGCAAACGGAGAUCGAUGUGGACACAGAAACAGAUGAAACGGACUGCGAGGUGCAGUUGGAUCUGGAACAGGAGGAUCUCAUGGGCACCGAUGACGCUGCAGUCUUUGUGACAAUGAGCGAUGAUGAGAAUGCCAGUCUGGAGCUGCGCUAUCAGGCCCUGCUUUCGGACAUGUCGUGGAACGAGCGCGCCGAGGCCCUGGCCACCUUGCAGGCCUAUGUGGCCCGUCAUCCGGGCCGUGCCCAGGAGCUGCACCAGAAGCUGUCGUCGCCAUCACGCCGUCGCUCCCUGCAGGAGACCCUCAAAAAGUACCAGGCCAAGCAGGCUCGAGCCCAUCAGAAGCGGGUUGUCCUGCAGCAGGAAAAGGCGGCCAAGCUGCAGCAGCUCUUUGAUCGCGUCGAGGAUGUAAAGGCGGCCAAGAAGCAGCUGAUAGAGGACAAGCGCAUGAAGAUGCAGGGCCGCCUACAGCGCGCAGCCGAGAAUCGAGAGAACUAUCUCAAGCAAAUCAUCGUCAAAGCGCACGACGAGGACAAGAAGCUGAAGGAGAUCAACUUUAUCAAGAACAUGGAAGCCCAGAACAAGCGACUGGACUUGAUCGAAUCCUCCAAGGAAAUCGAAGGCAGACUCCAAGAGCUCGAACAGGAACGCCAGAAGCGGGUGGACGAGAAGCUGGCCAAAGAAGCGGCCGUCGAAAGACGUCGUCAGGCGCUGGAAAAAGAGCGCCUGCUGAAGCUGGAGAAGAUGAACGAAACACGACUGGAGAAAGAGCAGCGUAUUGGUAAAAUGCAGGAGCAAAAAGAGCGCCAGCGUCAGGCGUUGGCUCGCGAGAAGGCCCGCGAUCGGGAGGAGCGUCUGUUGGCGCUUCAGGUCCAGCAGCAGCAGACCACAGAGGAGUUGCAGAGGAAAAUACAACAGAAACAGGUCGAGUCGGCCCGCCGUCACGAGGAGAACAUUGAGCAUAUACGCCAGAGGGCCCAGGAGCUAACCAUGCCCACGCGGCAGCCAGAGGAUGGGCGUGGCGACCACGAGGAAACGGAUGAGGCACUCAACCAUACCAGCAACACCGAGGAUGGGGAUAUGUCCUCCACUCGCUCCGAUGUGGGCGGAACAGGGGGUCAUUCACGCAGCUACAAGAAGAAAAUGAAAAAGUUAAAGCAGAGAAUGAGUCAAAAUGCCGCUGAAUAUUUGGAGAACAUGGAACCCACACCAGCCUUCGUCAGGCGCGACAGCGCAGUGCCAAAGAUUCUGAAUAUGAUCGUCAAGGGCGGUGGACCUCAGGGAAUGGACAGGGCCCUGGGCAACCUGCUGCGCAUCCUGCCCAAGGCACAGACAUUCGAUUUUCAGGCCUUCCUCUGCAUGGAUGCCCUGGGCAUAUUGACCAACCAUGUGAUUAGCGAGGGCCUCAAGCCGAACUCAGAGGUCUCCAUCAAAUCCGUCCAUCUGGCGGUGCAGCUCUAUAGGACUUCCUGCUCCUUGUGUCCCCAGAUAGCCCGUCACGGUCUGCUGGGUAAUUCCAUAACUGCUCUGCUCGAUGCCAUCAACAAGAGCCUGCAGUUUCCCGAAGAAAAAUCACCACAACAUCCGGUCGAGUUAUCCACCGAGCUAAUGCUGGCCUGCACGGAGGCGCUCUCCUCGACCUAUCUGAAGAAGGACUCCCACCCCAAAGUGCCGGAACGCCUACCGGACCUCAUCAACUAUGCGGUGGUCACGGGCCUCAUAGAUCUCCUGUCGCGUCGCAACCAGAAGGUGCGCGAGUCCAUCGAGCAGAACCACAGCGUGAUGCUGGACCUGCUGACGACGAUCGGCUUCAUCAGUCGCUUCAUUGAUAUCUGCCAGCCGGGUCCUGCCGAUCCGACACGCCUGCUGAACGCGGCCAAGAGCACGGAACUCUUCGGAACAGUGACCAUGCUCAGUGGCAGCAUUGUGCCAAUUGGUGAUUGCAUUCCACAGCGCACGACCGCCCUGGCGGCAGCUACGUUUAAUCUUUACGUGUCCCUGGCCGCACUGGAUGUGAACACUUUUCAGGAGGCUCUGUCGGUGGAGGGUCCUUUGUCGCUGAAGCUGCUGGAUGUGAUGAUGAUAAUAUUGGACAAUUGUGUGACAAACACCCCAUGGAUUAAGACCAGUGAGCGGACAACAAUGCUAAUUGAUUUGAUUGCCGCGCUGGCCUUCUUCGCACUGAACAACCGUCGGCAUCAGGAGCUCUUGAUAUCCGAGCCAUAUGCCGCGAUCUUCAAGAAUCUCAGCAAACUCUCCACGCAGUUCAAUCCAGUGAUCUAUCCAUUUUUGGUCACCGCAAGCUUCAAUUAUGCGGCAGCCCGAGAGCUCAUUGGCAAACAUUUCGACUUGCAAUUCCUCGAUGAGUACAGCCGCUCGGAUGUGGCCCAGCGCAAUCGCUUGAUCAAGCUCAUCAACAGUCGGAACAAAGACAAAGUCAAUCCGCCACAACUGCCGUUCAAAGGAGGUUAAGUCUGUGCCCUCUCUCACUACACAUCCUAUAUAUAUCUAUAUAUAUAGACUAUCCUUAAACACGAACACUACUCAUUCUCAAGCAUUGCCCAAGGGAGCAACGUGAUAUAAUUUUCAUAGAAAAUUAGAAAAAAAAAGCAAGCGCUGAGCAAACAACUCGAAACAUUCGCAAAGAGAUGAACAAACGAAGGGGAAACACAAGGAAUACUUAAUAAUUGAGAUCACAAAAUAUUCUAAAUAUAAUUAAUGUAAUCUUAAAGGAUAACUUAAACUAAACUACUAAUAAAACACUCAUCUCACACUCAUACAUUCGCAUACACAUUCACAUAUAGCCCAUAUAUAUAUUUAUGAAAUACUCAUUGUAGUCUGUAGGACGUGCCCUGCAAAGUAUUAACACUCUCACCACCACCUGCAUCGUCUGCACCAGAGCCACACGACAAACAAUCUUCCAAAAUUCUCGGUUAUCAAAAGAACUCUCACACACACACACACACACACACGCAUGAAAUGGCAGGAAUUACGACAACCUAUUGUAUUUUUUAUAGACGUCAACAUUUUGUGGCUGAAACAAUUAUCAUAAAUCAUAUAAAUGAAAUAAACAAGUGCGAAAAUGGAAUGAAAAUUU